AUGGCACAUGGUGGAUCUGCAAGUUCUUUGAAAGAUCGUUCUGUUUCCAGCAAUUAUGCAGAUUUGCGUAAAAGUCCAAUGGAUGAAAAAAAGAAGCCGAUUAAAAUUGUUUGUAUCUCAGACACACAUAAUGGGCAUAAAGUUCAACAAUUCGCUGAUAAAAUCCAAAAAUUAGAUGGUGAUAUAUUGAUACAUGCAGGUGAUUUCAGUGAGGAUGGGAAAGAAGAAAUAAUGGAUGCGUUUGACUGGUUAUGCUCAUUAAAUAAUUUCACAUUUAAAAUAUUUAUAUCUGGUAAUAUGGAUGGUUUUGUUUUGGACGAUGGUAGUCCAAAUGGUGGAUAUCGAAAGCGUGAAGAAUUAUUUAAGAACGAUAACAAUGUUAUCUAUUUAGAAAAUGAAUGUCGUACGAUUCUUGGAAUAAAUAUUUAUGGAUGUCCAUAUACACCAAAGUUUGUCGGUGGUUUUGCAUACAAUAGAGGGUCAACGGAAGCAAAACAAUUAUGGAAAAUGAUUCCAAACGAUUGUGAUAUUUUAAUAUCCCAUGGACCACCUGCAGAUAUUCUAGAUGCAACUUCUAGAGGUAUGAUAUAG